CUGCCAGCCACCUUCUUCAAAUCAUCGGUCCGGCAUAUUUUCGGUAUAUUUUACGGGUAUAGGCUGGUAUUAUUUAUUUAACAUUGUAACAAUCGAAGUGCUCUAAUAUUUUCAAACACUAACACUGAGUUGACCGCUCUACGCUGUGAACUACGCUAUCUUGCUUCUACAACUGUUCAGCCUAUUUUAAGAGUCAGGCUCCACAGAAAGAGCAGCAGUGCGCGGCUGACAUAAUAGCAUCACUCUGGAAGGCUCGUACUACUUGGCAGCUCUUUGCCUUCAAAUGACUAUGAACAUUUCUUCUCGUCCAAAAGAUUCAAAAUCAUUUGUGUUUUUUCCCCUCGUAAAGACGCUGCCGGUCGCUGCUUCUUCAAUGUGAAUUGACCCUAAGUUUUAUUAACAAUUAAGCACAAUUAUCAGAUCAGGAAGUCUAUAAACCUCUAUUUUAGUUACUAUCUGAUGUUUCUCUAACAAAUUAAAUUUUAAAAGCAACAUUUAAAAAAAUAAUUAAUAAGAUAUACAUAUUUUGUACCUGAAUACAUAUUUGUUAUACGGAAUCCUAAACAGCCGCAUCGAUAUCUGUUUUUUUUCUCGUUCUAAAGCCAUUUAUACUUGCGUUUAGUACGAGUCGGCUGCGUCAGUCUUUUCAGCCCAUCUGAUUAAUAAUUCAAUGAGUUCAGAGGUUCUACAUUCAUUCAUAUGCAUACUCAUAGGAGCUACGUAUCAUCCACAGUCUUCAGUGCCUACCCGUUAGUUUUAAGUGAUAGACGAUACUUGACGUACUGGCAGAAAAAUAAUAUAAAAUUUUAAUAUCACAAAAAUGUAUCAAGACAACGAAGUUGGCGCCAAAUUGGAGAAGAACAAAUUCGAGUCGUCUAUCAGUGAAUUGAAGAAGAAAACUUUUGUAUCGCAAGCUGAUAUACAGAGCUAUGGGGAAAGCUGUGUAACUCCUGAAUAUCAGGAAGCUUACCGCCGCUCAAUAGAUGACCCUGAAGGCUUCUGGGGUGAAGUGGCCCAAGAGCUGAAGUGGACCAAGCCAUGGGAACGUGUGCUGGACAACAGCAACCCUCCUUUUACGAAAUGGUGGGUAGGCGGCGAGCUGUCAGUAUGCUACAACGCAGUGGACCGCUUCGUGGAAAACGGCAAGGGGGACCAGUUGGCACUGGUCCACGACUCACCCUUGACAGACACCGUCAGGAAAAUCACUUACUAUGAGAUUAAAGAACAGGUAUCUCGCUUGGCCGGCAAGCUGACGGAGAUGGGUGUGACGCGAGGAUCCCGAGUGCUGAUCUACAUGCCGCUCAUACCGGAGGCCAUGAUGGCCAUGCUGGCCACCAACAGAAUUGGGGCUAUACACUCAGUUGUGUUUGGAGGUUUUGCCGCGAGGGAACUCCGAACAAGGAUAGAGCACGCUGAACCUACUGUCAUCAUAGCGGCCAGCUGUGGGGUGGAGCCAAACAAAAUCGUCAGAUACAAAGACAUUCUUGACGAGGCUCUCUGCCAGUCUGAACACCAGCCUGCAGCCUGUAUCAUUUACCAGCGGCGGCGCGUACUGGAGUGUAGCCUGGAGCCAGGCCGCGACAUCACCUGGGAACAGGCCAUGGAGUCCGACCCUGUGCCCUGCGUGUCCGUCGAGGCUAACGAACCGCUUUACAUUUUAUAUACGUCAGGCACAACAAGCGCACCAAAAGGCAUCCAGCGCCCAUGUGGUCACGCGGCCGUGCUGUGCUGGUCCUUACGCCAGGUGUACGGGCUGAAGCGCGGCGUGUGGUGGGCCGCGUCAGACCUCGGAUGGGUGGUCGGACACUCCUACAUAUGCUACGGUCCCCUCCUGGCGGGAGUCACGUCAAUCCUCUAUGAAGGGAAACCAGACAGGACCCCCGAUCCUGGACAGUAUUUUAGGAUUAUAGAACAGCAUCGAGUGAACGCCCUCUUCACGAUCCCCACUGCCAUCAGAGUGUUGAAGCGAGCUGACCCCAACGCCAAGUACGCCAGGAGAUACUGCAACAAAUCACUAAAGACUGUCUUCAUUGCCGGCGAACACUGCGACCAAGAUACCAGGCAAUGGGCGGAGCGUGUGAUCGGCGUCCCCAUCCUGAACCACUGGUGGCAGACGGAGUCAGGCUCUCCGAUCACCGCGCCCUGCAUGGGCUACGGCGUGAAGGCUGUACCGCCGCACUCCGCUGGAUACCCUGUACCAGGAUAUGACAUUCGCACCCUUAAAGAGGACGGCACAGAGUGUGACCCUGGCGAGGUCGGCAGGUUGGUGAUCAAGCUGCCGUUGCCACCAGGCUUCGCCUCCACUCUCUGGCAAGCCGACCAACGGUUCAAGGAGACCUACUUCGAAUCAUAUCCGGGCUACUACGAUACUCAAGACGCUGGCUGGAUCAGCUCUGACGGUGCGGUGUGGGUGGUAGCGCGGGCUGAUGACGUCAUCAACGUGGCGGGUCACCGCCUGUCCACCGCGGCCCUGGAGGACGUGGUGCUGCGACACGCGAGGAUAGCUGAUGCUGUGGUGGUCGGUGCUCCCGACGCGACCAAGGGGGAUGUGCCGCUGUGUCUGUAUGUGAUGAGACCUCCCCAAGAUGAUGAGGAAAUAGUCGCCGAAGACACAGUGACCCAAGAACUGAUCGCUCUCGUGCGACACCUGAUUGGUCCUAUUGCUGCGUUCCGGAAAGCGGUAGCAGUUCCCGCGCUCCCAAGGACCAGGUCCGGAAAGGCUCUCCGAGGCGCCAUCGCCAAGCUAGCGAGAUCCCAACUUGUCAAACUGCCAUCGACAAUAGAAGAUCACACAGUCUUCGGCGAAAUAAAACUCGCGUUGCAAAAGUUCGGCUACGCGAUCGACGCGCCGGACCCAGAGUUUUAAUUUAAUUUAAUCUAGUUUGGAAUUGUAAUGAUUUAUUUAUUUGAUUUCUUUUUUUAGUUUUCACUGUGAUAGAAUGAUAACUGUUCAGCUUUCUGUUUUUUUUAUUAAGAUAAACGAAGGUGCAGUCAUGGUUAUAACUUACUUUGAUAAAUUCACUAAUCAUUUGCAAUAAUACAAUUAUUAUUAUGAAUCAAAAGUUAUUUUCCAUGAAAUAAAAUUUAAUUUAUGCUCGUUUCUUUGUGAUAGUAGGGACAUGCAAUUCUUUGAACUUAUGAUGAAUUCAUAAUGUACCAGGUAUUUAUUUUUAAGUAGGUAUGGUUAAAAUUAUUAAGUAGAAUAAGUUAUUUUAAGUAUUGAUUCCAAAAAUACGUAAAAUGUAAUACGUAAAUAUAUAGUGUAAGGAACUUAAUAAACAUUAUUUUAUUUUCUAUGCACAAAAAAACAUGCAAAUAUCUGCAAAUUAGAUUUGGGUGAAUGCUAUAAAAAUAUGUAAUAUAACGCGUACUAUUAAAGUAACAUUUACUUAUGAGUAUGAUCACAUCAUACACAAAUACAUUUCCAUAUUUAUUUAUCUGCAUUGAAAUAAAGCUAUUUUAUGAAUUUAACAUGUAAAAAGUGAAGUUUUACAUUUUAGUAUGUAAAAAGCGAUGCUGUAAAUUAAACACAAUAAUAAAUAGUUCUUCAAAAAUUGUUGUUUAUUUUCUGACAAAAAAUAAUUGCGAUGGA